AUGGUGGUGGUGGUGCUGCCGCCGCCGCGCCUGGCGCUCAGCGGUGCUCGAGCCCCGCCGCCGCGGAUACGCCGGGCCGGGAAGGAGGAAGAUGAAGAGGAGGAUGAGGCAGGCGAGCUGCUCCGCCGCGACGUGAAGGAGAGCAAGCGGACGGAUCGGAACGCGCUGCGACCGGGCUCCCGCAAGCGAGGGAGGAUUCAGGCAGCAAAACCAUUAGUGGACACAAGUACCCCUGCAAUAUACAGCCACCUUCAUGUGAAGUUAGAGAAGCUGAAGUUGCAGGAAGACCGGCUUUCCAUCAUUGAAAGAGACAACUGUUUGCUGCUGGAGAUGUCAUCCUGCAUCAUGAGAACAAAGGGAAGAAUCGACAACAAAAAUGACUAUAAGGCCAAAAGGUAACAUCAGCAGCACUAUUUCUAUGUAGUUAUCAAGUUACCUUCCCAGUGACAAACAUAGCUGAGGAUAAACUGCUCUGUGAGGGCAUGUAUUUUAAAAGGCAGCCUAAGGUAUAAUCAGCACUUCAGAAAGCCACUUGCUUGCCCUGUCACAUGAAAUCCAAUGCCAGGUCAUUUUCAUCCUACCCUCUGUUGAAGAGAAGAUGGCUUUAAAUUAGUUUUUCAGUUUAAUAACUGAGGGAAUUUAAAAAAAAAAAAAAAAAGAGAGAGAGAGAACAUUGCCCUACUUUAAGGAAAUAAAUGAAGCAAACCUAUUAUGUCUCAGCAAAGCUGUUGUUCCUGCUAAGUGAGUCAUUGCUGCUGACUCUGCCAGUUGUUCCUAC